AUGGGUCGCGUUAGAACUAAGACCGUCAAGAAGUCCGCCAAAGUCAUCAUUGAGCGAUACUAUCCCAAACUCACUCUCGACUUCGAGACCAACAAGAGAAUAUGCGAUGAAAUCGCCAUCAUCGCCUCCAAGCGUCUUCGCAACAAGAUCGCUGGCUACACCACCCACUUGAUGAAGCGAAUUCAACGAGGACCCGUCCGCGGUAUCUCCUUCAAGUUGCAAGAAGAAGAACGUGAACGCAAGGAUCAAUACGUUCCCGAAAUCUCCGCUUUGGACUUCACCCAGAACACCGAGAGCGGACAAUUGGAUGUUGAUGCCGACACCAAGGACUUGCUCAAGAGCAUGGGCUUCGACUCGAUUGCCGUCAAUGUUGUUCCUAUUGCCCAGCAGGCUCCUCAAGAGAGAGGCGGUCGCAGAGUUUUCGGCACCGAUAGACCCGGCCGUCGCGAGUAA